AUGAAAAACGAAAGUUCCCUGGAUUUUGCCAAGAAUAUCAUCUCCAAUGAAAGCGAUGAAGAAAUCCUUCGAUGCAUCACACGACACGAGAUUGAAGAAAAUUUAAGCUGGGCCGGGUAUGGAGAAGGAACGACUAGAGUGGAACCAGUUCACAAUGGCGCCAUUGAAUAUCAAGCAAGAGCAAGCAAAGGUGUCCUCGAGAAUGUAAAGUUGAAUGACUUAGGAGUUAGGGAAAUGAUUGGUACAGAAAUAUUAAUAUUGGUACACAGCUUGUAAUUAAGAGAGAAUUAAGAGAGCAACUGUUUUUAUUUAGAAUUACUGUGUUCUAAACCCUAAAUCGAUGUCACAAACUGUGUUCUAAACCCUAAAUCGAUGUUCAACUACUGUCCGUAACAAGUGUAAGACUGUAAGGCCCGUUUUAUACGUCGAAUUUUGGUCGCGUCGAAUGCAAUUAAGACAAUAGAUAAUCAGAUGAUAAACCUCAUUAAUUAAGCUUCAUUAUCUAUUGUUUAAAUUGCAUUCGAGGCGACCGAAAUUCGACGUAUAAAACAGGCCUAAGAUAAUCAAAAUAAUAAAUUUACUUUAAAAGAUUUGCAUAAUUUUUUUGCAAGAAUGUCAAUAUGAAUGGAGAAAAAGAAAAAAAUCUAUAUGAAGUACUAUAGAAUCCUCAACAGGUAAGUAAUGCGGGCGCGUAUAAGGUAAUAGUAUAAUUAAUUGCUGCCAAGCGGCAGCGAGGCAGCACACUAUUCUUGACAUCUAUGAAACUCGCGCCAGUCUCCUUUCCCGAAAUAUAUAAGUAUAUAUAUAUAUAUAUAUAUAUAUAUAUAUAUAUAUAUAUAUAUAUAUAUAUAUAUAUAUAUAUAUAUAUAUAUAUAUAUAUAUAUAUAUAUAUAUAUAUAUAUAUAUACCGUAUAUAUAUAUAUAUAUAUAAUCUCGAUUUUAGCGACCGAUGUAGGAUGUUCAGUUUUAUUCAUUUUCGUGAAUUGACAUAUCUUUACCGCACUGAACUAUCCGCAAUAAAACAAGACGCUCUGUUCAUUCAGCGUUUAUAGUCGCUGGGAUUUAUAUUAAAGUAGAGGCCUAUUGUCCGAUAGUAGAUUCCUGCACAAAUUUGACGAGAGGUGGAAGUAAGUCUAAAAGUAUGAAAUUCGUUGAUUUUAGUACGCACUAUCAUCAAAUCUUUAUUGUUUAAUACUAUAACACUGACAUACAGUUAGGAGCACGUUAAUAUAAUUAUAACAGCCAAAUUAAUAUAACUUUCGAUACACAUAAAUUUUGAAAGUUUAAAACCAUUAUACUCAAAUAUUAUAGGCCUCAGCCUCACAACGGCUGUCUUCUACGACGGCAUGCACGCAGUUACAAAAUGUUUGUUUUUCAACUCAUGUUCGUGGCAAGGUCCUCGGUAAACCUUAUUCAAAACGAAUAGAUAGCGCGCAAAUCACAAAAAACAUCAUACAAUAAUUUAUCGUACGUUACCUCGAUCGUUCUUUAAAAACCUUAUUCAAAACGAAUACAUAGCGCGCAAAUAACAACAAACAUCAAACAAUAAUGGUCAACCGCCAUGAGAUCUUGUUGUCUAACCUCAGAAACUAUGAAAUUCACGGAGUUGCCUACAAAUGGUUCAAGUCAUAUUUGGAAGACCGCAGGCAGAAAUGUUUUGUUAAGGUUACAGGACACCCUUUUUGGCGUUUUGCGGAAAAUCGCUACUGCGCGCUCAAAAUCAGUCCGAUUUUCAUCAAAUUUUCACCAAACGUUAGCCAGUACAUACAAAAUACGAUAAAGUUAUAAAAUUGACAAACAAUAAAAUAAUGUAAGAAUUAUUCAGGAAAAUCUUAAGUCAUGGUACCUUUACGCUUUUGAGUUAUGUUCCUGCUGGUUUUAAGAUAUGUUUAUGAAAAUAUCAUAUUUAUACAGUAAAAUAGUUGUUCUAAAAAAUUGUGUUCGGAAAUUUUUGUUUAUUUCGCAUUCUUCCGCUGAUAUGGCUGGCGGUUUCUUUGACGACUGCAAUAUAUUUCUGAAUUGUUUGUGUGAAUUGCUCCUUAUUAUUAAAAUAUCCAAAAUUAGAACAAAGACGAACACAAUUUUGAAACUGACGUCUUUAGCUAUGUCCUGUGAAAAUUUGAGAAAAAUUCGUUAAAACCCGCAGGAGCACAACUCGUUUAAUAAUCAGUAAUUACCGUAAAAUUCUUCGGGAGAAAAUUGAAUUUGAAUAUUACAUUUUCAAUGUUUUUCUUAUUGCAAGCGAAAUGUAUUUUAUUAAAUAACUCUGCGAGUUUUCAACAUUUUUCGUCCAAACUUGGUCAAAUAGUAAAACUAGUCUAAUGCUUUCAUGGAAACCAAUAAAAAAAUUUGGGCAAAAUUAACACUCAAAGGUGUUCUGUAACCUUAACGGGGCACUUUUCAAAAAAUGUAGUCUUAAGUGCGGAAUUCCUCAAGUAACGAUCCUAGGACUGCUCCCGUUUCUGGUAUUUAUUAUAAAUGAUUUACCAAAUUGUUUAUCGAAUUCUCAUCCCAGAUAGUGUCGGAUUAACCAUAUGGCAGAAGCGGCAUAUGCCACGGGCUCGGCGCUUUUGGGGCCCCGCGCUUACUCUCCUCUAUUUUUUUUUCCAUGCUUCAGUGCGAGACCCAAACAGUGCGACAGUGCGGGGCCCUAAAGAGCCCAAGUCUCCCAGAAAACGCGAGGGCCCCAAAAUUUAAAAAUCGAGGCCCCAUCAAGCUGGGCCCAAACGUUUUUUUCGUUCCCUGUUUCAGUGUUUCAGCCUAGCGGGUGGCCCCAAAGAAUUAAAACGUCAGGCCCCAAAAUUUAAAAAUCGAGGUCCCAAAUAGCCGGGCCCAAAACGUUUUUUUUGUUUCCUGUUUCAGCGCAGAAUCCAAACAGCGCGGGGCCCCAAAGAGUCCAAGGCCCCUAAACGCGAAGCCUCCAAAUAAAAAAAAAAACACGAGGCCCCAAAGUUUAAAAAGGGAGGCUCCAAAAGUAGGGCCGCAAACAAUUUUUUUUGUUCCUUCACUGCGCAAGGGGCUCCAAAGAGCGAGGCGAAAAAAAUCAUGGGGGUCAAAAAAUAUCAAAUGUGCUUGGACAAAGCGUGCCUAUUAUCAGUGACAUUGCCCACCAGAAUCCACUGGAUUUUGAAACCACCCGCGCUAAAUCCCGAGCAAUGAGUAGAAACUCCUGCUGCGCCUCUUUUAUUAAGCAGAGCGAAGAAAUUGAUCAACUGAAGGCUGAAAUAGUUUGUCUCAAGAAGUCGGUGAAGUCAAGUGAGUAUAUGCAUGCAAAUUAACCGCCUGCAAAACGACAACUCUAGUUUAAUCAAAACAGUUGAAAUGCUUACAAAUCAACUUCUAAAUUUGAAUACGGUUGAUGCAAAUAUUGAUCCCAGUUCUCAAGUAUCGAAGGAACCCGCCCCUAAAGUGUCGAAAAAGCAGAAAAAGAGUCAGAAGAAGAAAAUGAAGGCCAAGGAGGGCAUUGAGUUGGCAGAGAAAAAUGCUUCCCGCCUCGUCAAGAACAUGCUGUCUCUACCAGCGGUAUGGAAAAAGUGAAUGACGAUGUUGCAGCUACCACGAGCAAGAAUAAAGCAAAAGAAGUGGUGGUAAUUGCUUUUGAUUGACUAAUUAAGAAUGUUGUCGGAGCAAGCAUGAGCAAGACAGACAAUAAUUACUAUUACGUCGUCAAAGCAUUCCCCGGUGCAAAUCUUUCUGAUAUGGAAGAUUUCGUAAGUAAUUUCAAAAGUAAUUGCCGAUUCAUUACUGAAUCUGACGACCCAGAUAAAGGAAGACUCGCCAACUACUGCGGUAGGUGUAUCAGCUUUAUUGACCAGAAAUGAUAAUGCAAACUUAGCCGGCACUAAAGUUAAACAAGUUAACUUUAUCCUAGAUAAUUAUUGUCGUAUGAAUAAGUCUCACUUGAACAAUAAAGGUCACAUUUAAAUAAACAAGGCAGCGAAUCUCUACAAAACAAUUUUAUUGAAUUUACUAACAAUUUUAAUGAAUGACUUAUUACAGUAAUGUUGCUGAGUCUCUAGGUAAUGCGAAUGCUGUCAAUUCUACUUAUGGCGACAUAAAUCCGCUUUUACCUAAGAUGAGUGGUUUCAAAAUUGCGUCACUUAAUAUAACUAGUUUAGUAAAACACAUUGAGGAACUUCAAAUUUUUCUAGCCGAUAAUAUGAUUGAUGUUUUGGCUAUCAAUGAGACAAGGCUUGAUUCUGCGGUCAGCGAUAAUGAAGUGCACAUACAUGGCUAUGAAAUUGUUUGCCGCGAUGGAAACUUAAAUUGACGGUAGAUGCGGUGGUGGUGUUCGUUUUUAUAUACGAAGUUGCAUUAAUUUUUCGGUACGAUACGAUUUGAAAUUUGAUGAGUUGGAAAAUUUAUACAUUUCAAUCAAUAAACCUAGAUCCAAGCCAUUUCUCAUAGUGACAUGGUAUAGGCCACCAAAUUCGGUCGUGGAAAAGUUUAAUCACCUAGAAACGCUACUAGGCAAACUUGAUGCUGAAAAUAUUGAGUACUAUCUAGUGGGUGACCUGAAUUGUGAUUUAAGCUCUACAGUCUUGGAUCAUAGUUCAAGGUUGCUCAUUGAUAUUGCUGAAACAUACAAUCUUCAACAACUGAUAACUGAACAAACUCGAAUCACAAAUUCAUCGUCAACAUUGAUAGAUCACAUUUUUACAAACGCUCCUGAUAGAGUGGUCUGCUCUGGUGUCUCUCACAUUAGCAUAAGUGAUCACAGUCUUGUUUAUGCCUUUAGAAUGCGGACAAGAGGACAUACUAUAGUAAGCUAUAGAAAGUUUAAAAACUUCGAUUCUGCUCAGGGGUUAUUCUAAGGAUAAUUUACAACUCCAGUAAAUAAAAGAAUUCUGCCACUUUGUUGAAGUAUUAAGCCUUAAGGAGAAGAUCUACUGUAUCGACCUGCAUUAUCCCUGAGAAUAACUAGCACGGCUAAUUAUUUUUUUUUGAAUUUGGUGUGGUCUUCAUCUUACUUAUUCUCCAGUUACACUGUAUGUGACUCUGUCACAGCAACUGUUAGUCACUUUUCGGUGUGGUGACGUAAGACCCAACGAAUACGGUACACCUGUUGAUGAGGUAGGUAAGAGGUAAUAUACCUUCAGGACAUAGGUUCUUAUUGGGUCAAUGGUGGGGAAAUUAAUUAGGUCUUGAAAGAAGGACAUUUGUACUAGUUAUUAUAUAGGCUUUAGUGCACAAUAAUUCCAUAUUUCCUAUAAACUGAUGACAUACUUCAUAAACUAUAAACGACCUUCGAAUGAGUUUCGCUCAGUCUCAGGUCAAAUACUUUGCCAUUUAGCAGUCACAAUUAAUAUUAUUUUACUUCUGUUUCUUUAUAAAAAUACAUAAAAUGUUUCCCCUGCUGACAGAGCACUAAAGUGACAAAAUCUAUCAACGUAUCAAACUGAUAAGAGAUAACGACGAAUAAAAUCAUGUAAAAUCAUGUAAAUAUUGAACGAAACUGAUUUGUCAAGAAGAACUUCUCAAAAAGUCUCUGCUACAAUAGAUGUCAAGAGUGGAAUCUUCUACUAUAAUACUUCUUGUGAAAAUUCAAAGGAAGAGCCUGAUAUAAUCAACUUUCCUUGAAAGAAAUUGCCCUUAGUAUUCCACGAGAAAGGCGAGUUCAUCACCUUUUUGUGACCGCCUUAAGAGAUGUAACAGCGGUGAAGAAAGAAAUUAUUUAUUGCAUUUUGGAAUUUCUAGAUCAGAGAUUUGGACAUUUGGUGUUGAUCAGAAGAUAUUGAAAGUAGUCAAACCCUUUAUUGCUUUAAAGCCUGAUGCUGAUAUCAAAGAAUUCCACGAAACAAUACUGUAUGUUCAGAUUUACCGUCAAUAG